AUGGAGUCGGAACAAGAAGGGAAGCUCUCAGAAGCUUCCGGUGCACUAACAGAGGGAGUCUUCUGCGAUUACAGCCUCCCGGAACCCCCAGAUCCUGUCACCAGGCCCCGCUCCGACCCUCGCCUCUCCUCCCACCUCUCUGCCUUCACUGCCCCCGUAGCGCCGCUCGGGCCCAACGAGAAGCCCCGAUUCCGACCGCCAAAAGCAUUGCACACCCCGCCUAAGGAUUUGGGGCGUCUGGGAGCCCCCAGUGUCCCUGCGACCCCCGUUCCCCUCCCCCAGUGCCGGGUCCACCAACCUGCCAGCUCCGCCGCAGCCGCCACAGACCAGCAGGCCCCGCCCCUCCAGCUCCUAUUGGCUGCUAGAGCCGCCGCUCAGCCCAACCUCGCUAGUCGCCAAGACAACAAGACCCACCUCCGCCUGGUCCCGGAGGUGGCGCCCCCAGAAUUAAGGACAUUUCUGUCCCGGGCCAGCAGCUGUCACCUGAGAAAGAUCAAGAUUCUCCCACCAGGCGACAAGGCUUGUUGUGCCCGAGACAGAUACGGCUCAGAUUCCCAGGCUGAGGGGUGCAAGGGCCCCCAGGUCAGGACCUCAGCCCUCAGUGUCCCUGCCCAGUGGUCGCUGCGGAAAGUCGGCUGGCUGCCUAGCACUGCACCCGGAGGUCACCGCUCUGUGUCCUGGGACGGGGAGAUCAGUUUCCACUCAGAGGAGCAAGAAGAAUCUGGAACUAUGGCAGGAAAAACCCCUAAGAAGUCCUCCAUCCCCGGAGUGAGCAUCCGGCAGCUGGUGGACAAGAUCCCCGAAGGCUGCAGUACACCAGAUUUCAAGCAGAAGCCUGUCACCUUGGCUCUACCAGAGGGAAAGAAUGCCAUCUUUCGGGCAGUGGUCUGUGGGGAGCCCAGACCAGAAGUGCACUGGCAGAGCACCAAAGGAGACCUCAGCAGCUCCAGCAAGUACCAGAUCUCCUCUGCUCCUGGCAGCAAGGAGCACAUGCUGCAGAUCAACAAGCUGACUGGAGAGGACUCGGAUCUGUACCGCUGUACUGCAGUGAAUGCCUUCGGAGAAGCCACGUGUUCAGUGAGGCUCACCGUCAUCGAAGUGGGUUUUCGGAAGAACCGAAAAAGGCAAAAGGAACCUCAGGAGGACCUCAGGACAGAGCUGAAGGACUUUCGGAAGAUGCUGAAAAAGAGGAUCCCAGCUCCAGCCCCUGAUAAAAAGAUGGAGUCUGCAGAGGUGUGGCAGCUGCUCAUGACCGUGGACCGUAAGGACUAUGAGAAGAUCUGUAUGCAGUAUGGCAUUGUCGACUUCCGGGGCAUGCUGCGCAAGCUGCAGGAGAUGAAGAAGGAACAGGACAGAAUGGCACAGUACGUCAACGCCAUUGACAACUUGAGACACAUCAGGGUCACCAAGGAAGGGGUCGCCACAUUUGACCUGGAGCUGGAUCUCAAGAACCUUGAGAGCAAGAUUUACCUGUACAAGGAUGGUGAGAUGAUCCCCUAUGGCUUUGAUAACCAGACCAAGCACUGUCUGAGACGGCUGGGGAAACGCUACCAUUUCCUGAUCCAGGACCUGCGGCCCGAGGAUGCUGGCCUUUACCAGGUCAUGGUGGAGGAUGCUGUGGUCUUCUCCACAGAGCUGGAGGCCAGCACCAUCCCCCCCAGAGUGGUGGUCCCGUUGGCAGAGACCCGCUGUGAGGAACAGGGGGAUGCAGUCUUUGAAUGUACACUCUCCAAUCCUUGUCCCAAUGCUGCCUGGCAUUUCCAGCACCGAACGCUGAGGCUCAGUGACAAAUAUGAAGUUUCUGUGUCCCCUGAUGGGCUAACCCACCGGCUGGUUGUGAAGGGGGCCAGUUGCUCAGAUAUGGGCCUCUACUCGCUGCACGCCGGACUCCAUGCCUCCAGUGCUUGGCUAGAGGUCGAAGGUGGGAAGGAUAAAGGCCCUCAGACCACAGAUACUGAGCACCGACUGCAAACUCCAGAAGUUCUGGCCUCAGAAGCAGAAGACUCUUGGGGCAUCAGCAGCAAGGGAGGGCAAUCCGGAGAGCAGGGCUCCCUCAAGGAGACUAGUGGGGCACAGCUCACAGCAGGCCCAGACAGGGGUGCCUUUGACGAGCAUGGCUAUUCUGUGUUGGGGGGUGAAGGAUCAGCUAAUUCAGCCUGGGACCCUGAGCAGAACAAGAAAGGCUUUAUGGGAGGAGAGCAAGGCAGGGUCACUCUUCCGGGAGACAGUCAGCCCCACAGAGAGGGAGACUGUGGCAGAAGCCUUCCUGGGAGGCCUCAUCUCCAGGGAGGGGACACAGAAUUAGAUCUGGGCUUUGUGGAAAGACAAGGUCAUAGCAGAGACGACAAUGGGAAUAGCAGAGCAGGGACAACAGGAGGUUGGGAGGCUGGCUCCAGCCACUGUCAGGAUGGAAGACUUGAGAGUAACAGAGAGGGAAAGGAACUGGACAGACAUGGCCCGGGACAACUUGGUGACCCUCACUUGGGAUCUGGGACAGGGCAGAGGGUGCUGUGGGGAUCCCAGUCUGAGGCUGAGAGGUUUCAACUGAAAAAGGAAGGGGCAGAAAUGUGGGGUGAUCUUAUGGAUGAGAUGGAAGGAAGGGGUGACCUGAGCAGACAGAGGGGAGCAGGGGCAGGGUGGGCUAGUGGGGCCUGCCUGGAGGAAGCCAGAGGCUGCAAUGGGGCAGGAAGUCCUUGCAUUCCUGAGUUUCGUAGAGGAAGAGGUCACAGUCUUGAGGUAGCCAUGGAUCCUGAGUGCUGGGGCACUCAGGCAGGUAGAGAUGCUGGCCAUGGAGAAGCUGGGGCGUACUGGGAGGCAGGGGGAUAUCCAGGACAGACAUCAACUAGCAAUGACACCCAGAAACCAUUGCUAUCUGGAGGCAGGAAACUUUUGGGGUGUAGGAGUCCUGAGGCCAAAGCUGAGGACUCUUUGCAAGGGGCAGGUAGCCAUGGUAUUAUGGGGCGGGGCUACAAAACUAUCCCUGAAGGCCUGGAAGAUCCCAGAGACUGGAAAGGUGGCCGAGAAGAGCUCCAGGGAAGGGAUGGCCAAGGCACGGCUGGAACCUUGGGCAAGACGGAGGACGGCUCUCCAUGUCUCCAGUUUCCUCAGAGCUGGACGGUGGGGCAAAGGGAAGCAGGGCAUCCAGGCAGAACAGAGUGUGAAGACAUGGGUCGUCGGGAUGACAUGUGGUCCAAUCUCAGAAACACUGGGGCCCACUUUGGGUCUGGAGUGCUUGGGUCCAGUGGGAAGGAAGGGAACAUGGAUGGUUCCCAAGUAGCUAGACUGAUGGCGUCUAGUCAGAGGGUAGAUGCCAGAAACCACAGGCUAGUUCCCUCUCCAGGCCUGAGUGUCCAGGGCUCUGGGGGCACACUGGGAGACACGGCAGGGUUAAGAGACCCAGGGUGGGUAGGAUCUGAACCAGACUUCAGGAAUGGGUCAGGGAGGUCUAGAGAAAAAGGGUCCAGAGGGGGAAUGGACUACAAGGAUGGCUUAGGAGGUCCAGGGUGGGUGGGGUCUAGGUAUGAGGAGGGUUCCAGGUGCUCUGAAGGGAAGGGUUCUAGGAAUAGAGUUACUUAUCAUGACGGCUCAGGGGUGCCAGAAGGAACAGGGUCGGGUCUUGGUAUUGGUUGCAGAGCCACCUGUGGGGCACCUGUGGAGACAGGUUCUAGGGAAUGGGGUUCUUACAGGCAUGACUCAGGGGUGUCUGGGGGAUUGUGGUCUGGAAACAAAGGUCAGGGUGGUUCUCCAGGAAAGGUGUCUGGGAGAGACGCUAGCCUCAGAAACGGCUCAGGUGGCCUUCAUGGGAUGCCCAUUCAUGAAGCUCAGCGCUGGGAUGUAUUUCAAGGCCAGGGUCAAACAGGCCCUGGUGGGGAACACUACUCCGAUGGUGACUUAGGGAGUCCUGAGAUGGUGGGAUUUGUGGGUGGAGAUGGAAUGAAGGCCUCUGGAGCAGUGGGGAAGGUCGGGGACAGACAAACGGGAACAGCACCAGGGGAGUCUGGGAGAACACACUCAUGGGGUCACGCUGGAGGUUAUGGGGGCUUCGGAGUUCUGGGGGCCCUUAGCGAGGGAGACUUUGAAGAUGCCACUGGGGUUCCAUUACCCAUGGGACCAGGAUCUCUGGGGAGAGGGGACAAGGAAGGUGAUGGAGAAAGGUUCCUUGGUGCCAGGACCUCUGGAGCUGGAACUGGGAAUUUGGACAAAGCCAGGCACCCUGAGGUGCUAUCUCCUCAUGAGGCUGGUUCCGAAGGCCACUGGGCUCAUGGUUCUGGCAAUCCGUUAGGUUACAGGGAUGGAUCUGGAAUUUCAGAGCCUUGGGGAACUGGGGACAGAGCAGUUUAUGGAGAUGGGUCAAGGAGUCCUGGAUCCGAGAGAACAGGGUCAAGGGGUCCUGGGUCUGAGAGAACAGGGUCAAGGGGUCCUGGGUCUGAGAGAACAGGGUCAAGGGGGCCUGGGUCUGAGAGAACAGGGUCAAGGGGGCCUGGGUCUGAGAGAACAGGGUCAAGGGGGCCUGGGUCUGAGAGAACAGGGUCAAGGUGUCCUGGAUCUGAGAGAACAGGGUCAAGGGGGCCUGGGUCUGAGAGAACAGGGUCAAGGGGUCCUGGAUCUGAGAGAACAGGGUCAAGGGGUCCUGGGUCUGAGAGAACAGGGUCAAGGGGUCCUGGGUCUGAGAGAACAGGGUCAAGGGGUCUUGAGUCUGAGAGUACAGGGUCAAAGGGUCCUGGGUCUGAGAGAACAGGGUCAAGGGGUCCUGGGUCUGAGAGAUCAGGGUCAAGGGGUCCUGCGUCUGAGAGAACAGGGUCAAGGGGUCCUGGGUCUGAGAGAACAGGGUCAAGGGGUCCUGGGUCUGAGAGAUCAGGGUCAAGGGGUCUUGGGUCCGGGAGAACAGGGCCAGAUGGUGAGACAGUAUAUAGAGAAGGCUCAGGAGGCCUCAGAGGAAUGGGAGCAGCAGGUGAGGCAAGUUAUGCAAAUGCAACUGGGGGCUCUGGGGCCAUGGGGUGCAAGGUAGAUUGUAGGAAUGAUACUGGGUGUUCUGGAGUUUGGGGGCCAGGGAGUGAGGCAGGUUAUAAGAAUGGCAUCCAGGGCCAUAGGGCGAGGGAAUUAGGGAAUAAAGCAGGCCACAAGAAUGGUGUAGGAGCUUCUGAAAUUAUUUCAUUAAGGGACAAGGCCAGUUAUGAAGGUGGUUUAGAACAUUCUGGAGACAUUUUGUCAUGGGAUGAGUCAGGUUCAAGGGAUGGCUUGGGGGAAACAGGACGAAUGGAAUCCAAGAAUGAGGUUGGUUAUAGAGGAAGCUCAGUGGGGCCUGGGAAAAUGGGGCCAGAGAGUAAAAUGCACUAUGCAGGUGGUUCAGGAAGGCAGGGAGGGCCAGGGUCACCGGCUGCACCCAGAGAACAUGAAUCCGUAAGUCUUGGGUCAGGAUCCCAGGCAGCAGCAGAGGUAGGCACAAGCUCCAAGGAUGGCGCAGAGAAGGGCAGAGGAAUGGGACCUGCAGAUGAGACAAGGCCUGGGGUGGGCUCCGGGAAGGCUGGGAUACUGGAUGCUACAAGUAUAGCACACAGGGAUGGUAUCAUGGACCAUGAGAAGCUGGGGACACCAGGAAGACCACAUAUCUUUUCAGGUGGCCAGGGUGUCAAGAACAGUCUCGAGGGCUGUGGACCCUUGGGAAUCCCUGAAGCCUUGGGGGCUAUUGGUUCUGUGGGGAAACCAGGUAUCAGGGAAUGGAAAGAUGGUUCUGGGUUCCCAGGGUCUCCUAGGGACAGUGGGACUCCCAGUGGGGAGGGAGGAUCUGUAGACCAAGCAGGAGCUGUGGGGACUCCCAGGCUUCUUGAUGGUAGGGGGAGAGUCGGGGGUGAGGGUGAGUCUGGAGUAGCUGCUCCAGAGUCAGGAAAUGAUUGGGACUUUUGUCAAUCAGGCUUGGGGACAACACGCAGGUGGAGAGUUGCUGGCCAGGGAGAAGUGCCGCCUCAGGAAUGUGGAGAUUCCUUGAAAGGCAGAAGGAGGGAAGCAGGUUCUGGGAGCUUGUCAGGAGCAGGUCAGGUGACAGAAAGCAGUUCUACACCUGGGAGAGAGACCAAGUCAAUGUCAGGACAGGACAGUGGGCAGGAUAGGAGCCACACUCCGGCUCCAGGCUGGGAAGACGGGGUUCGAGGCAGCUUCAGGGCUUCUAGCUCACUGGGGGAGAAUGAUGCCAUUUUCAGACAAACCCAGGAGGGGCAAAGAGCCUGUAAGGGCAGGGGCUCUGUGACAGGCCAAGAGGCUGCUGGGGAAUGGCAAGGUCCAUGCUCCUCGGAGAGCAGAGACUCGGGUUUUAGACGGGGCGGGGCUGGUUUGAUGGAGGGCUCAAGUGUCCAUGGCAGAAGGAACUCCAGUAUGCGUGGAGAUGGUAUCAUUUCAAAACCCCAGGAACCCCAGGAUGAAUUAGAUAGUUCAUUCGGCAGAAGGGACUUCGGAAGUGUAUCGGGAGAAAUCCAGGAGCCAGAUUUUCAACUAGAGACAGGGCAGGGAGAUAAAAGAGGGUCUCUCCAGGAGUGGGGAUCCUGGGAGGCUAAGACUGACAAGGUCCAAGGAUCUGGGGCCUCAGAGAAGUGUGGAGGGCAGGGAAGGAAAGGCCCUGGCUGGUCAGGCAGGAAGCCUGGUCCCUAUGGAAGCAAGUGUCAGCCACAGUUUGGGACUGAUGUUGGAUCAGCCAAGAGAGGGGCUACAGAGAGGGCCAGAGGUCUGGGGCAUUGGACUAGUGGUGAGGACAGAGGGUCUCUGAGACAAUCUUGGAGUGAAGAUGGGAGGCAAGACCCCCACAGGCCUCUUGACAGCAGGAGAGAUACCCAAGAGGGAAGGCCAGAUGUCUGUGGCCAGGGACAAGAUGCUACCCAGAGCCCCAUAUCCAGAUACAAGCCUGGCCCUGGCUCUUCUGCGGAGGCCCAAGGCUCCUUGGACCACUUCUCUCAGGGUCUGGUGGAUACGGAGGUGCAGCAGGGGGAAGCUGCCAUUCUGUCCUGUACCCUCACCAGUGACAUGGGACCUGGCACCUGGUUCAAGGAUGGAGUCAAGGUCACUGCCCAUGAUGGGGUCAUCUUUGAGCAAGAUGGGCUCACACACAGACUGAUCCUCACUCACGUGGAGGGGACCCAGGCUGGGAGAUACACUUUUGUGACCGGCAGACAGCACACAGAGGCCAGGCUGACCGUGCAGGAUCCCCCAACUGUUGCUCCAGAUGUGAUAGAGACACUGAGAAAGCCACUGGUGUUCAAAGCUGGGAAGCCGGUGACUCUGAAGAUCCCUUUCCAGAGCCACCUCCCUGUUCGGGCUGUCUGGAGGAAGGAUGGGGAGGAGGUGGUGGCCAGCAACCACAGGGACAUCCAGGUGGCUCUGGGGGAUGGCUACACACGGCUGUGCCUCCCCAGCGUGUGCAGGAAGGACAGUGGCCAGUACAGUGUGAUACUGAGGAGCGACGGAGGCUGCAUGCAAGCCGAAUUCACUCUGCACAUCAUAGACAAGCCUCAGCCCCCACAGGGACCCCUGGAGGUGCAGGAUUGCCACAGAGCAGGUGUCUGUCUCCGCUGGCGGCCCCCGAGGGAUAAUGGGGGCCAGGCCAUACAACACUACAUGGUGGAAAGACGACAGGCUGGAAGGAGCACUUGGCUGAAGGUGGGCGAGUCCCCACCAGACAGUACCAGCUUCACUGAUGCCAGCGUGGAGCAGGGCCGGAAAUAUGCCUUCCGUGUGCGGACUGUGACCUCAGAGGGAGCGGGGGACGCCCUGGAGUCUGAGGAGGUGUUGGUGGCUCCUGAAGAUCUCCCAGGGCCCCCUUCUGCCCCAGACAUCUUAUCAGCCUCCAGCCAGAGCAUCACUCUGACAUGGGCGGCACCACGGGGCCCUGGCAGUGCCCACAUCUUGGGCUACCUGGUUGAGAAACGCAAGAAGGGGAGCAACACCUGGGCAGCUGUGAAUGAGCAGCCUAUGUCUGAAAGGCGGUGCACCGUGGCAGAUCUGCGACAGGGCUGCCAGUAUGAGUUCCGGGUUAUCGCUGUGGCUCCCUCUGGCCCUGGAGAGCCUGGGCCUCCAUCGAAUGCUGUCUUUGCUCGAGAUCCCAUGAGACCUCCAGGACCUGUUCGGGAUCUCCGGGUUACAGACACAUCUAACACCAGCAUCACCCUGAGCUGGAUGAAGCCAGACACCCAGGAUAAUGAUGAAGCCCAAGGGUUUAUUGUGGAGUUGUGUGGCUCAGACAGCCUUCAGUGGAGCCCAUGCCACGUGGGCACUGUGCCAGGCACCACCUUCACAGCCAAGGGGCUUCGGCCCCAAGAAGGCUACUUCGUGCGGGUGACAGCAGUCAGUGAUGGGGGCCAUGGCCCCGCCACUUCCCUAGACGCAUUGGUCCAUGCCAUGCCUGCUACUGUCUGUCCCAGGUUCCUCAUGGGCUCCAGCACAAAGGAUACGCUGAUGGUCAGGGUUGGGGACAGCAUUCGAGUUCCUGUCUCCUUUGAAGCUGCCCCCAUGCCUGAGGUGACCUGGCUGAAGGAUGGCUUGCCCUUGCCCAAAAGAAGCGUGACCACCGUGAAGGAUGGCCUCACCCAGCUUCUGAUUCCUGUAGCUAGCCUCUCAGACCGCGGCCGAUACACCGUGAUGCUGAGACACCCACAGGGGAAGGAGGCUGCCUACAGCUUCUACAUCAGUGUGGCAGCAUGCCCACAGGCACCAGGACCCAUCUACCUGCAGGAGAAUGUGCCUGGGACAGUGACAGUGCAAUGGGAACCCUCCCCGGACGAGGCUCAGGGCACCCCCUUGCACUAUACGGUGCUGAUGCGCUCCUCAUCUCAUGGAUCCUGGCAUGAGGUGGCUGACCGUGUCCACACCAACCACUUCACCUUCCUGGGGGUCCUCCCUGGCCAUGAGUACCACUUCCGGGUGCUGGCCAAGAAUGAGCUGGGGGCCAGCAAACCUUCAGACACCAGCCAACCCUGGUGUAUCCCCAGGCAGAGAGAGAGGUUCACAGUGAAGACUCCAAUAUACCGGGAACCCAACCUGAGCCAGAAGCCCCGCUUCCUGGUGGGUCUGCGGACUCACCUUCUGCCCCAGGGCUGCGAGUGCCGCAUGACCUGUGCUGUGCAGGGCUCACCCCGGCCCCAUGUCACCUGGUUCAAGAACGACCAGAGCUUGGACAGAAACCCCGCACUGUACAGUACUGACGUGCUGAGUGUGUGCUCCCUCGUCAUCCCCAGUGUGACCCUUAAGGACAGUGGCGAGUACAAGGCUGUGGCCAAGAACCCACUGGGUCAGGCUGUCAGCACGGCUACCCUCAUUGUUACAGAAUACAACUCCUAGCCCCACCUGGCCUGGAAUCCUAGCCUAGCCCCACCCCACAGCCAUGAGAUGGAUGGGAACUCUCUGAAGCUUUACCCCCGAUGCCCUCACUGGCCUGGGGGGUCAGCCCAGAAUGACAGUGGAUG